UCCACACACAACCUCAUCUCUCUCUCGCGACUUCUUCCCUCUCACAAACAUCAUCUCUCACAAACCCCUCUCAUCAUCCCACAAUCCCACCAAAUCCUCAAUUCUCAACCAAAUUCGGUGGUUCAACUCCCUAUCUCCACGAAAUCGUCCAUAGUUUCGAUUUCUCUAUUCAAUUUGCAUACAAACAAGCUAAGGUACUAUGACUAAGUCAGAUAGCAGAUCAAAGACCAAAGGCAAAGCACCAACCAAAAAGCUUGAGGGUCGUGAUUCAGAAAUUACUAAACCAUGGCCUCCAAAAGCAAUGGCAUCCAAAGAGAUUAGAGAAUCAGAGAGUGAGGAAGAGAUUCCUUUGAAGAGGAUGAGGAGGUCAAGAAGCAAGAAGAAGACAAAUGAGACGGUAAUAGAGCGAGAUAGAUCAGUGAUUCCACCAACCUCUCAGCUGCUCAAUCACCUCCCCAACUCUGUUUGGGUGCCAACAAGAUUCCCUGAUGCUGACUUUCUGCGAGAGACAGAGCUGUAUGAUGAUGUCUAUGCAAUAUUGAACAAUAUGGGGUUACAAUCGCUCUUGACAAUGGAAGCUCAACCUGUCUAUCAAGAAGCAUCUUGUCACUUCUUUGCCUCUCUAGAAGCAGAAUUUCAUUGCGGAAACUACGUUGAGACGGAUGGAUGGGGAUUCAUCAGAUUCAGAAUAAAGGGCAAGGCUUAUAGGAUGACCUUUCGUGAGAUAGCUGAUGCAAUGAAGUUCGAGGACAACAUUCACAGUCACCUACCUAAGUCCAGUUGGAAAAUCCCUGAGCAUGUAUGGCCUCUUAUCGCCGGGAAAGAGGUCCACCAUCCGGCUUAUAACAAGAACACAGCCAUCAGGAAUCCUGUGAUCAGAUAUGUGCAUCGCAUUCUGGCUAAUACUCUCUACGCCCGCAGGGAAUCAGGCAAUGUUUUAGAGGAAGAGUUAACACUCAUUGGACGUGGAAUCAUUCCCCUCAAAGAAGUUGGGCUUAGGGAAAUCACUAAACGUGCAGAGAAUCCUUUUCACCAUUUUGGGAUGGUUGGACUCUUUGUAAGAAGACUUUUGUACUUUCAAGGGUGGGCUUGGACCAAUGUUGAUAAGACUCCCCAGUUCUUCUUUGGUGGAUUUAUCACACCUCUACUGAUUGCCAAAGGAGUAACUCUUGGAAAUGAUGCUCUAGGACCACACUUCAUGGAUGGACCUUACAUGAAAAGGACUCUGUACCUUUCAGGGAUGUAUGAAGGAAAGCAUGUCUACUCCUACACCCACACCACUGGCCCUGCGGAACUACUCCUACCGAGCCCGCAAAUUGCUAUGACUAGAACCAAGAACAGUCUCCUUUUCCGGGUUCCACUAGACCUACUCCUCGGUCCGCAUGGCCCACUUGAUCCGGUGAUUGACAGAAGGAAGAGGGCAACAAAGAGAUCUUUUGCCGCUGCAUCUGAAUUUGUCUCAACAUCAGCUUCUACAUCUGCCCCACCUGAAGCUAGUGAGGAAACAGUAUUUGGACCUGCUCGUUACUACUUCCAGCCGCAUACAAGUGCUCUGCAGAAAGGUCCCUUGCGAGACGCCCAUGAGUAUAUUGGGAAACUUCAGCGCUGGAACAAAUCCCAAGAUAGGACGAUAUACAAGCUCAAGACCAAGUAUAAAGAGCUUAAAAAGACAGUGAAGAAGCAGGCUGAAGCCUCAGCAGAAUUUAUGAAGAAAGUUGCUGAUAUCUUGGUCAAAGGAGGAGUAGCAGGUUGUAACUCAAAGGACUUCGUAAUAGCCGAAACCUCUGUCCCUCAACCUCGUCGACGCUCCUAUCAUGAAACCGACAACCCCACCUUAGCCUUGGGACCGUGUAUCUUGGAGCAUCAGCGCCGUCGCUUACGAAACCCUUCCCCUCCACAAUCUCUAUCAGGAAAUGAAUCCCCAUCUCUUGACACCUCGGACGACGAAGAUUAUGAAGAGAUGGGUACUACGAGAAUUGAAGAAGAAGGAGAUGAAGACGUUGACGAAGGCGAUGACCACUUUUGGGAAGGCGAUCAGGAUGGAGGUGAUGAUGAUGCUGCUGCCUCAGAUUAAUA